UAUGCGUAAGUUGGAAUGAGAUUCUCCAUCUCCCCUGUCACGCCACUUCCGUUUCCCUUGCCCGUCACCUUUCCCUACCUUUCCCCUUCCCUCUUCCUGCCAACUUCACCGGACCACCGCCCCGACCGCGACGCAAGCACCGACGCCGCCUACCGCCCCACCGCCUCGCCUCCGCCGAUCGUUCCGAGAUUUGUUGAACAAAGAACCAUGGAAGGGUCGUUCCAGUUGAAUCCAGAUGCCAGUCCUUUCAUACCUGCAUCCCUGAGUUCAUUUGCAGACAAGACCCCUGAGAAACAAGCAGGUCCUAACAUUUCUGCAGAGUCAUCAUCAAAGGGAGACCCUUCUGGUGGCACUUCUGAUCUAUCGCAGUAUGAGGAAAAUGACCUGGAUCCAUUUGCUCUGGCCAAAUUGGUCCUUUCAAUGUUCCCAGAUGUCUCCACAGACUUCAUUGAUGAGUUACUCAAGGCAAAUGAAUUUGACAUGAAUCUGACAAUUGAUAUGCUUCAUGAGCUGAACUCACAAGAUAUGCUCCAUGAUGAUGAUGCUGAAUUGGGCUUGCUACCUUCCCCAGAUAUCAAUGACCUGCAUGACGGCCUGGGCCAACCUGGUACUGAGGUGUCGGAGACCAGCAGUGAUCUCAAUCAAGCUCCGCAGAAUGAGAAGUCAGCAACAACUUGUGAUGUGAAUUCUGUCCUGCCAACAUUCCCAAAAACCAAUUUGCUUCACAAUGACCUGGGCCUGCCUGAUGAUGAUAAGCCUGAGGGGACAUCUGUUGCAAACUGAUCUUACAUAUCAAGAAGCUCUGGCUUAUUUGAAUUACUGCAUGCUGAUGUACAUAUGAAUUGGACCCCGUAGUGUUGCCUUAGAGGACAAAGCAGUGGAAGCAAAUCUUCCUUUCUGGUUUGCAGAACUAGUUUACCGUUUCUGGUGGUCAUCCUGAGUUUUUUUUUUACUGUUGCUGAUGGUCAUCCUGAGUUUUACAGCCCGUUGUGAACUCCUUUGGUGUUCGUUUUCAGCUAGUGUAGUCUGAACCUGGCAAGUUGUGCUGCUGCAGCUCUUGUAUGAUAUUCUGCGAAGUGCUAUCCAUACUGCUUGUGGUGCUUGGGUACCAGAUUACCAGUCACAUAUGAAUGUUAGUUUA